AUGUUGGACUGUGUACGACUAGCGACUGCGAGAAAUGCGUCAGCGGAGCAUGGAAGUGCCACGAAAUAAAACGAAAGAGUCAUUCAUGGAAUGCUGAACGCAUGAAUUUUGCAGCGCGUGGGAAAGCGGCCUGACUACCAAGAGGCUUUCUCGAAAUGCCGGACUAAGCUUCUGAAAGUCGAGUGCCGUCGGCGAAUCGGCCUCAACACUCGUGUACUUAAAUCGCGACUCACUUGAAAGUUUGAAGGAUGGUUUGGAGCUCAUGUGUCAGGAAGGAAACGCGAUUGGAAAAAUUUCCGAGUUGUAAAAAUUGCACAGUUUUGAAGUAAUUGAAUGGCAAAAAAAAGGAUUUUUUAUGGGUUGAACGCGUCAGCGAAAGGUUUUUUUCAUUAGAGAAAAACAAAAAAGAGAUUCCUGAAUUCAUCUUUCUUAAUAUAAUAUUAUUUAUUUACAGGCAGGACAAAAAUAACAUGUACAGAGAAAAAAAUUUGGCAUUAAGCCUGAAAUAAAUAAAUAAAAGGCACUUGAGGCCCUCACGAGCCUCUGAGCCAGUAAUAAAAAGAAUAAGAGGUGAGGAUUGCACAAGGGAAAAAAAAGUAAUUAGAAAAGAAAGCAUUAUAAGUUAUGACACAGUGUAGCACAGGUGAAUGGGGAAUUUAAUUGUUUCUUCAGUUCAGUUUUAAGGAGUGCAGUUUCUUUUUUGUCUGAUGUAGGGUUUCAAAAAAAAUUUUCCAUUUAAACUUCAAAUUGGAUGAUUUUCUGAACAUGAAUGAACAACUACUUAUGUUUCAAGAGCUAUUAGAAUUCCGCACAGUACCCACACAUAAGGCAUAAGUUCUUGGAAUAUAAAUAACCCUGUAGAUUGCAACAUUCAGUCCUUUUAUCUUAUAUUUUGAACAGAGCUUUCAGUUAUUUUUUCUGAAGUUCCAAAGCGAUUAAAUUCAUCUCUUUUUGGUACUGUUUCAAGUAACCUGAAUGAAUGUAAUAAAAUCUAAUGAAUGCAAAAAACUCCCGAGAAAGAACAGAAAUUACGAAAAAAAAAAAGCUUGGUGCAAAAUUUUUUUGAAAUUGGCAAACAGACCACUUGGGAAUUACUUCUUAAGACAAGAGACUCACGAAAGCGAACGAUGGGAAACCCUCGCAAGGCAUUUAAAAGGAAUAGUAUAAAGGAAUGAAAACAAAUAGCUCGAGGUGGAACCGACCUCGUUAGAAAUUCAAAUUUUGGGCAUCUCUUCUUCAGUUACGUUAAUUUGAGAUGAUUUCCAUGAGAAGUGGAAAAGAAACCUAGUCCUGGAACUUUGAUAUAGGCUUGAGAGCAAAGGAAAACAUUCUCAUCUAAAUAUUGAAGUCUUUGAAAUUAAUAAAUUGUGAGUUGCGCAAAUAUCCAUUCCUUGAGCUUCGUAAAAGUUUUUCGAGCCAACUAAAAGGAACUGAUAACCCAGCUUCUGUAGACAAAAUGCAUUCCAAUGGGCAAACGUAGAAAACAAGAAAAUAGAGGCAGGUGAGCUCCAUAAAUGACGGACGGAAAAAGGCCUGGAGAUGAGAUGGCGAGCCGCCACAACUCUCUCCCAAAUAGCGACAUGCGUGACAUAUGGGCCGCCUCGAAUUAGUCUUUUUAGGCGCGCCUCCAGCUCAAGCCAACCUCUGUUCCAAAACGACGCUUGAUCAAGGAAACUCCAAAAGGUUCCAGCUCAUUCUAACUCUUGACAACAGUAAUGAACUUUCCGAAUCGAAUUGAAAAAACUUUCCGAAUCCAAUUGUCCAAAAAGUCGUUCAAAAUGCAAAAGUUCUUCCAAAAGCUCAGAGCGAAGUAUCAACACUAACAGUCAGACUCAUUAGAGCAGAUAUCAUUCAUCACUGCUGCGAGUGGGGUUCGAACCAACGACCCGUUGGAAGAUAGGCCAGCGAUUUAGCCAUUGCGCUACAAGACAUGGCCGCGUACAGCGUCAGCCGAUGCGUAGUCAACAGUCCGCGUUAUCGAGGUCGUGAACGCUACUUCUCACAGUGAAUUGCUCAGAUUAAAUUAUUAAUCUCAUACUUUUGUAGCCAAAGUGAGAGGAUUUUUCUGGAAAUCGUAGUUUCAACUUCAUAAUCAGCUUGACAAUUAUCAAAAUUUUUGUUGGUUGAAGAUUUGUUAUGAGACUUAUGAAUAGGAAAGGAAAAUUAGAUUUUCUUUUUGGUGGGUAUAUUAUGUAUCCCGCUCUGCAGAAAGGCUAGAAAAAACAGGAAAACGACUUUUGCAUGUUUUACGACUUUUUUUUCAGCUUUUUUUCGGAGGAGUAUAGUACCGAUGUUUGAGGUAUAUAAACUGGUUUGUAAAAAAAAAAUUCAGUUUUUCGAACAAUUAAAAAGUAAACUUCCAUUUCGAAAUGCGCAUAAUCGAUGAUGAGGAAAACAAAAGAAAUAAUAUAGAAUUGGCGGAGGAUGGAAUCAAUUUCCGAGCAUUUGCUUGUUCCACAACUCAAUUACUAGACUACUUAGCGCUCUGCGAGAAUUUCAUCACUCCUUCACAAUCGUUACAUUUACACAUUCAAUUCAAUUACUUGGUGCGUGUUCAGAGUCGCGAGAAUUCAUUGAACGAGAGUCGGACGACCCUUCCUUCUUCGUGGCCAACGGACGUUGUUAUCUGUUCAAAAGUCCUUGCAGGGAACUUUGA